AUGCCACCAUCUGCUAGAAGGCCACGCCGUGCUGUUGACGACGAGGGAGAGGAGUCUGAUGAGGAGCAGAGGCCUAGGCAGCGGCCUCGUAUGGUUUUAGAUCCAACCGAGCAUGAACGGUCAGAGAAUUACGAGGAGGAGGAGGGAGACGGGGAGGACGAAACAGAGGACGACGCGUUGAUCCGAGAGCUUGUCAGAUAUGCCAUGGCUUGUGAUUUUGCUCGGGUACCAAUACGAAGAGAGGGAAUCAAAGAAAAGGUCCUAGGGCGCGGGAAUCGAUCAUUCAGGAGGAUCUUCCAGGGAGCCCAGGAAAGGCUCCGCGAUGUCCUCGGGAUGGAGAUGGUCGACCUGCCCGUCAAAGAGAAACUGACCAAGGAGGACAAGAGAAAAGGCGAGACCAUCAAGUCCCAAAGCAAGAUCGUCCCAUCUAACUCGUACGUCCUCGUCUCGAUACUGCCCAAAGCCUACAAGAACCCCAAGAUUCUAGCCCCCUCACGGCUCAUCUCGGCCGACGAGGAAGCCGCCUAUGUCGGUUUCUACACUCUCAUCGUCUCUCUCGUUCGUAUCAGCGGCGGCGAGGUAAGCGAUUCGGUGCUGAAGCGCCACCUGCGGCGCCUCAACGCCGAGACCAACGCAUUCGCCGAUUACAAGACGGAGGACAUCCUCGCGAAGCUGCAGAGGCAGGGGUAUCUGGUGAAGACCGGUGAUAGGCAGGCGCAGCAGCAUGGUCAGGCGGACUCAAACACGACCUGGUUCAUCGGGCCGAGAGGGAAGGUAGAGUUGGACGACGAGGCCGUGGCGGGCUUGAUCAGGGAGGUCUGGGGCCCCGUGACCGACGCCGACGCCAACGAGUUGGAGGAGAAGUUGGCAAAUACCCUGGAAAUACAGGCGGGACAAAGCAAUGGGGACAGCGUCGCGGACGCCCAUGAGGACGAGAACGGGUUGGAUUCCACGAGCGACACGGAGGAAAAUGGCGGACCGAGCUUCAGGGCACCUAAUCGGCUCACAUCUCCAGAGGAACGCGAGUACUAA